UGAAAUAAUUGGAGCUGAUUUGAAAAUAAGCUAAAAAGAACGGUCCCUUAAUCAUGUAAAUUUACUUUACUUCUCCUAUUUAACCCAGAAAAGACAACUUCACCCCACCUAAACAUAACUCGUACAAGCAGGCUGAUGAACUUAAAUUUUGCUAGAGUUUUACCCAAAUAAAAAUAGGUCUGGCCCAAUAUCCUCCUAAUCAUCGUCUUCGUCUUCUUCAUCUUUAAACCCUAAAAACCUCUGCACUCUGCAAAUUACACCAAAUUCCGCCAUUGAUAAACUCUCAACCUCAGCUAAAACCAGGGCCAAAAAAUGCAGCUCUUCGACCUAAACAUUCCAUAUUCAGAAUCAAAUAAACAAACUCGCUUGAAAUUAGUUGUCAAAGCAAUGGAGUUAGGUUAUUCUGGAAUCGCUUUCAAUCGUACAAUUAAAGGUGUAAUGUCGGAAUCCGAUCGUUGUACAAUUUCUCCAUUUCCUCUUUUCUCUCCUCAACUGUUUCCUUUCAUCGUCGUCUCCUCGGAGUUCCCGAAAAGUCUGCGUUUCGUCAGUACACUCGUUUGACAAUGUCGGUUGAAACAUCUGCUCAAGCUUCUGCUUUGAAUUCGGGUAAUCCGAUUCUCAAGACUUAUGAUUUGAUCGCUGUUAGACCUUUGAAUCAGAAUUCUUUUGAUAUUGCUUGUCAAUCAUCUCAGGUUGAUUUGAUUACGAUUGAUUUUGCUGAGAAAUUGCCGUUUCGACUGAAACUACCUAUGGUUAUAGCUGCUAUCGCGCGAGGGGUUUACUUUGAGAUUAUGUACUCAAGUCUUAUGCAAGAUGUUCAACUGAGGAGGCAAUUGAUUUCCAAUGCCAAGUUAUUGGUGGAGUGGACUCAAGGCAAGAACUUAAUUGUAUCCAGUGCUGCUCCUUCAGUUCUUGAGCUUAGAGGUCCAAAUGAUGUGACUAAUCUAUUAUCGUUGCUUGGGCUUUCAAAUGAGUGUGCGAAAGCGACUAUAUCUAAGAAUUGCAGGACAAAGCAGUUUUACAAAGAGGCAAUGAGAGUUGAUUUGAUGCAACCUGGAGUGCAAACUGGUCCUAAAGAGCCUUGGAUUGUUGAUCAUAUUGAUUGGGAUCCUAUUUCUAGUGGCGAAGGUGAUUUGUUUUUAGAUGAUAUGGAAAAGGCAAUUGCCGAGUCUGGAAAAACUUCCAAAACCAUUAAAGGCAUUGAUUCUUCUUCUAUUGAUGUUCAUAUGUCAUCACAUGAUUUAAAAUUAAACGAUACAAGUUUUAGAGAAGAGGGUAAACAAUGUAUGUCCAGUAACUUUACAGAAUUUAAGUCAACUUCCAAGGAUCUCGAGGUGUUAAAAAAGAUUGAGAAAUUGCAAAGUGAGCCUACUUCUAUGUGCAGCAUGGAUCAACAGGGCAAUGCUGCUGAAAACAAUAAUCAAGCAGUUCUGCUUGAAUCUCUGCUGGCUUGCAAUAAUGAUGAGGAUGACAGUAUUUAUUCUGCAAUAGCUCUACAAGAGUUGAAGAGCUCUGAUGCACUUGAAACCACCACCUCUCCAUUUCUACAUAAAUUAGCGCCGCAGGAUCAUGUUAAUAAUGCAGAAAAUGUAUUGAGUGAUAGUUUGAAGGAAAUAACUUCAAAAGAUGAUGGUUUGGAUGUGGGCUGUAUUGCUGGUUCAAGGAAGGAGGCCUUGGUGAAAUCUGAGGGUCUUAAUUGCAAUGGUUUACAGACUGAUAAAUUGAAGUUAGCUUCUGAUGUGUUGAACAGUACAGAUGCUGAGAUCUCAACUGAGAUGUUAUCCUUUGAUCAGUCAUAUAUAUCAUACAUUUCUAAUUCAUCUUUAGAUGGAAAACCUCUGGAACCACAAGAAGAUUCAGUAGCUGAUAAAAACUCGACUUUACCUGCUAGAAAUGUCAUGGAUUUGGACUCAUUUAGUGAGAGAAACAGUAGUGAUUAUUUACUACAUUGUGAUCAGCAACCACUGGAUGAGGUGGAAGAAAUUGAGGAGCAUAAGGGAGAUCACACUGAAGUCAAAACUGAUUCUAAAGAGUUUAUAGUUGCCGAUACCAUGCUACCAUUGGAUCCUCACCAACAUGAAAAAAAUGGAAAUGAUCUUUUAGUUGCAAAAUCUAUGUUUUCAGAUGACAUGAUGAAAUGUAGAAAACACGUUCAAGAGGUUGGUGAAGCUGAUCAUCAAUAUUUGGGCAAAAAUAAAUUAGGUAAUCAUAAGGUGAAGCGACGGGAUACAGGCAAAGCUAUUAGGUUUCCUUUUAAGCGGUUAUUUCAAGUUCAAUUUAAGAAAAGAAAUUCUUUCCUCAAGACCAGGAAGAGGUCAGUAUAGGGAGAAAUUUUGAAGUUUUUCUGGGGCUGUGUUGGCUGUUGUACAUGUCAGGCAGUAUAUACAAAUUUAUGAGCUUUGUUAUUACCGGCCUUUUGUCUACAUCAUGUAUUCAUGUACUUGUGCAACAUAAAUUCUGUAGAAGAGAUUUUCUUAUCAUGAGCUCAUAUUUUCAUAGUUGGACAAUUGCAUUACUUCUCAUUAUCUGACCUACGUUAUAUUUGAGACUUAAGGUUGUACAAAUAACUUCACCUAUUUUCUUAAAUAAGAUGUUCAAACCUUCUCAAACCUGUAUUAUCUUUUGGUCCUUCACAGGUCCAUGUAGCCAUAUGGUUGUGAGUCCAUGAGCCAUAAUGAAAGUUCAGCUUGAUUUGUUUGGGAGUUUGGGGGGGCCCCAAUAAGAGUUAACUUAAACCUUUGUUCACGAUUACUUGUCUGAAUAAGACUAAAGGAUUAGAAAUUAGUCCAAUGUGAGAAAACUUGAUAAUAAAACAGAAAACUGCAGGAUUGGGAAGUAAAAAAGUUCUUUACUUAAAUUAAGACUAUGAAGUCCUUCCUUUGAUCCCUACUUUUUUGAGUUGAGGGACAGCUGACUAUAUAUCCUUGCAUUUCCUUAGCUGAAAUGAUGGUCUUACUUGCUUUUUUGGUACGUUUAUUUUUUUAAUAUCCUAUAACAUUACUGUAAUUUCCUACUCUAUCAUUAGAAAUUGGGUAUUAACUGACUAAUGCAAAUGAUUAAGGGCUUUUUUUAUUUUCUUUGUUUUUUGUAAGUUCGGGAAAAAUGAAGGAUAUUUACUAUUUAGGAAACCACAGGAAAAUUAAUCCUGGGAAGUUUAUUGAAGUUAACCCUUCUACAUUUUCCAAAAAUUUAUGGAAAUUGCCACUGUUACUUACAAUAUUUACAUAUAAAUGUUUAAUUUUCUAGAACUCUUGAGCGUAGCUUCCAUUUUAUUAGAGUACUUCAUAUAUAACUACAUCCAAGCAAUCAUCUUUUGUAUUGUAACUGUGCCAAGACACCAUAGUUUGGAUCUUGCUUAUUAGAUAUAGUCUUUAAGAUGCAUUCUAAGGCUGCUGGAGUAGGCAUAUUAGUAUCAAAUAAAUAUUUUGGAGAGAGAAUACCUUACAAUGUUACAGGUUCUCACUAUGAAGCUGAAGCUAUGUGUGAAAUAAGCGCAACUUUAUUUAUUUAUUUCUAAAUUUUUUUCAUUUUUUUGUUUAGUGUGCCUCACGGCCCUCACUUCAGUAAGGUGCACUGGCCUAAAUUUGCUUCUUGAAAUCAUCAUCCACACCAAUUAUUAUUAUUAUUAUUAUUUUAUAACAUUAUAUGUAAAAAAGGCUAUUUAAAAAUCUUCAUUUUUAUCCGAUAAAAGAUCAUUGGGAUUUUUAAUUUUACAUUAAGAAAAGAAUUAAAUAACAGGGACCUGUAAAAGAAGCAUGUACUCAAGAAAAAUCUCCUGCUUAGACUAACAAUCUUGACCUUUAGUUUUUUCUCUCCUUAACAAAUUAUCUUGACCCAUUUCUUCUAGAGGAAAAAAUUUGAGUGGACUUGAAUGGGUAAGUGGCUUUGUUAAUUCCAAUACUAGAGUCUGGUAACGUGUGAGAGGAUAGCUACUUUAAAUUGAGUUUGAAAAUUUCCACCGACAUACUCUUUAUUUAUUUAAUGGUGGCUCUUGAAUAAGAUAUCUUGGGAGGGUGUUCCUAACUCUUGCUUAUUUCUUACCUCAAUUUGGAGUGGUGAAUAGGAAAACCACAUGUCAAGUUCCUUGAAUUUUUGCACACAUAAUUCUUAUUUGAUCUCCUGUGUUUACCCCUCCGAAUGAGAUGAUUGAGUGUAAGAGAUAGGGUAAGUGAUAUGGGAGGGAGUGGUUUAUGGAGGGUGGACCUAUAAAAAGAGAUGGAAGAAAAAUAUUUCUUUGGAGAAGUAACAAGGUAUUGCUUGAUGAGGAGGCGUAUAAACCAUUUGCUGUGACACUAUUUGGCUUACUCUAGCAUGAUCAUUUUAUUUUGCCUGCUACUGAUUUGUCCAUGACCUGUGAUUAACAUACUUUUGUUGAAUCAUUUUAUGUAUCGACUCUUCUAGGUGGACUAGGUCAUAGAAAAUAAGCAUGGUCAUGUAGUCACAUGUACAAUAUCUCAUGAUUUUAAUUAAUUAUUCAUUUUUAUUUUUGUAGACACCAGAGAAAAUCUCACAAGUGAUGUGUCACCUUAUUUAGUAUAUGAAAUUUAACGAGAACCCUCUGUACUGGUGAUUUUGAUUGUAUUGUCUGCUUUAUUGCUCUUGCAGUAUUGUUCUUUAAUGGAUGUCUCAUUGUGAUUUCAAAACACUUGUCACAGAAAAUAAUAUUGUCGAAUGGAGUUAUAAUCCGCUGCACAGUGGUCUUUACAUUAUAAAACAGCCUUUCUUGAUUUUUAUGAUUCAAGUGGAAAUUCCGUAAUUAGGUGUUUGGUUAUUUGUUGUAUGACCAAAAUAAACAAGAAGAUGGGAUGAAAAUUUAUAUAUGCUUAUUGUGGAUUCCAUUGAUAAUAUUUGCAGGUCAAGAUUCACUGUCAGGUAUGCUCUAUUCUUCUAAAUGACCUCAGUGCAUCCACCAUAGUAUUACAUGCUCAUCCACCCCCCAGAAAAGCUCUUUAGGAAUUUGUGAAUCGGGUUAUAGUAUGCUGGUGUACUUGUUGAAUAUUUGAAAUUAUAUUAUAUAGCCAAUUAUGUUCCCAUACCCAUUCAUGUGCUUGCACAAUAGAACAUACCGUAUUCCAAUACACUGGUCCAUCCAAUGAAAUUAUUGCUGAAAUAUUUUGUUUCUGCUGUGUAAGACUCUGAAUUCUUCAUGGCUAAGCAAUUGGGGACUAUUACUUGUUUCACUGGAGGAGAUGGGGUAGUGGAUUAGUCAAUUCUAUUUAUAAUGUUAUGUUAUAGCGGCUAUUACAAAAAUUCAUCUAGUCUGAUACUUUGCAUUUUGCUUGGAAGGCAUCUUAUGAUGGAGACUCGUCUUUCAGUAAAUAGACCCAUAAACCUGAUUAUUUAAGGUUUAUAGCCUUUUUUUGUCAUUACUUAAUCCACUUGUAUAUACAAAAGUACCAUGCCUUCCUAUGCCUUUAAUCUUAAUGAUUGUGUUCUCUAGAUUAAAGGAUUCCUAGAAUAUACUUGAGGAACAUUCCUUUUUUACCCAGCUGCUUCCUUGUCUUUAGCAUUUAGACCUCACUGUCAGAUUGUAUGUGUUGCUGCUCAAUUCAAUUGUGAAGGUGGAUCAUUCUUGUUUUUGCUACUUCGUAUUAUUUUAAUAAAAAUAUUUUCUUUUGUUUUUCACUGUUUGGUGUUGGAGAUGAGAAGCUAACAAUAUAAUUGCCUUUGUAUACCUUCUUUCCAACCAGAAGUGGAUUUUCUUGCAGGGAAUAAAUGCAUAGGGAUACGGCAUCAGGUCUUGCUACCUGAGCUAGAGAAACCUUACAAAGUUCCUGCCUUGCACUAGCUUAUAAAUAAACAAGCUUAAAGGAAGCUGGUACUGAGUAAAUCUUUGCUGAAAUUGGGGUCAGGUAGGUUGCGGCUCCAUGUCGAUCUAAGAAGUAAGCAUUAUGUCGGACUGUAGCGACAUGCCUUAGUCAUACCUUCAAUGAUAAUGCUCGUACUUUCAUUUGCUAAUGGACUUCCAACCGGGUGGUGGUGGCGUAAGGUUUGGAGUCCCUGUCACAAGAAUGAACAACCAUGUUAACUAGAAGGAAUCUGGUUUUAAAAGUCAUGAAGUCCAACGGGAGAUGAAACAUGCUGGUAAAACCCGUUUUUAUGGAGUGAGUGGCUACUAAGGCUUCGCUGCAUCAAAGAAGCAGAAGUAUUUGGUGGGUGACUACUGGUACAACUUAGAGGUGAAUUUGGUGAGCCUAUAUAACUACUGCUGGUACACCCGCUCCCUGUACUUGUAUUCCCAUUGGCGUUUGCUAGCAUGAAAGCUUCAUUAAUAGAAUCAAAAUCGCCAGCAAGAGACUGGACUAACAUUGGCGAUAAAUUAGAGGGGUAAUUUUGGUUAAUGAAAUCAGUGGAAUGAUCAACAAAAGAGCCGUUAUUAUGACAA